CUUACGUUUGGGAAGGGGUUGGGCCCUGGGAUAGGGAAGAGUGUGGUUCUCAAGGGACAGGAUGAGAAUGCGGCUCUGCAGGGCAAGGAGAAAGGCGCGGAGAAGAAUACUUUGGCUACUCCGGCUGGUGAGUAAAGUGGUAUUUUCCGCGCCUGAAUAUGUGCUGUGUUAGGAUGGGAUAGCUAAUGUGGCUUAAGGCAUGACGCGGGCGCCGCUCGGGAUGAAAACGACUAAUGCAAAGGCACGGGCAUUCCAGACUCCGGCCCCUACCAUGCCGAUAGGGACGAUUAAGCAGAGAAGUGCCAAACGGGGGUCGACCCGCAAGGUCAAGAAGGCUGCACCAUUGCCUGAACAGACCACGCAGGAGAGGACCGUUGCCGUGGAGGAGGAGGAGGAGCCUGAGAGGGAGAUUGAAUACAUGCCUCCAAAGCCAAAGCCCCUUCCUGACGAUGAUGGAUAUAUUACAUACGACACUACCUUCCCACACUUCAAAGGAAACAACUUCGCCCGUGGAUGGGAGAAGCUCUAUGAAGACACCUCUGUGGGUGAGGAUGGAUUGACAGCCAAGCAGCGAGAAGAGAAAGAGCUCGAUGAUGCAUAUAACAAGCACAUUGAAGAAUUGAUUCAAGCACAGAUUGAUAGCAUUGGGUCCCUUGAGCUAGAAGGAGAAGAGGAUGCCAAAGCGGAAGCAGAGGAGUGUAGACCUGUUAGCCGAGCCACCACCAAGUCGCAGCGGUCAGAGAGAACAGUGUCUACUCUCCGAUCAAAGAGUGCUGCACAGGCUCUAGCUAUGGACCCAAAGGAGAGUGUACGGACCAGGAGUUCGGCCAGACUGGCUGCAAAGGCCGCUGCAAAGGCUGCUACUGCAACAACAAAAACGACAACAACAAAACAGAAAAAGACGACAGAGCCAACUAACCCAUCUUCCAUGCGUCAUGCAGCCGCCGUGGCCAGCUCAAGGAGCACUCUGGGAUACUCCAAGGGGCGUGAGGCACUGGCUGCCCUGAGAGAAGGGACUGACCAGCCCAAGAGCAGCUCCAAGACCAACAAGUCAACAAACAAGACCGGCGAGCAGGAGAAUGAAACAGACCACCUCUCACCAGAGCUGUACAUGCAACUCUAUGGCCCGCCUGCGUUUGGCACUGAUAUGUGGUCUCGGUGUAAGAUCGCCGGCUACUUUGACGACGAGGUCAAGACGACCGAAGAGCUUUUGGGUAUAGACAGCACCAACAUUGACGAUGCCUUUGUGGAGGACGAGGAGAGUGCUAAUUUCCAGCUUCUCAUCUAAGCCAGCUCCUUUUAUCUUUUUCUUACCUAUCUUAUUUUUCUAUC